AACGGCCAAACGUCUGGUGGCUGGGUGCCGCCCCUGCUGGACAGACAAGGAGGAAUGCAGGUCGCGACGCUAAUUACUGGGGAAUGUCCCACAGGCCAACCAACGCUGUCAGGUUCAGGUUUCUGUCUUGGGCAGCCUCCUUUGUACCUUCCGUUGGCCGGUCGGGCAGGGGCGGGACCUGAGCCUUUUACUUCCGGAUCCCACAGCUUAGACACCGGAAGCCGGAAGUGAGAAAUUGGCAGCGGGAGAAGGGAAGGGCUACAGCGGAACCCGGAUUUUCUCGGAGGCCGGGGGUCCGAGGAACGCUCGGGGCCCGCUGUUGCCGCCCUUCUCACGUCGGACCGACUCAGCUGACAGGUGUGGCCCUCUUCCGAAGACAGGGUAUCAUCGGUGGGCGUUCUGCCGCCUCCGAUACCGCCCCCGCCCCCCCCGGAUGACCAGGCUUCUCCCUCUUGUUCGGUCCGGCCGGGUUCUGCUGCGCACUUCCAGAACACCGGUGGAGGCAGGCCGAUUGAGGACUCAGGCCCUGACGUGUUGGAUGAGCAGGCCCCCCUGGAAGAGUCCACUGUGUGAGAUGGUGCAGCCGAGUGGUGGCCCAGCAGGGGACCAGGACAUGCUGGGUGAAGAGUCUUCUCUGGGGAAGCCAACCAUGCUCCACGUGCCUUCAGAGCAGGGCACCCCUGAGACCUUCCAGCGCUGUCUGGAGGAGAAUCAAGAGCUCCGAGACGCCAUCCGCCAGAGCAACCAGAUGCUGCGCGAGCGCUGUGAGGAGCUGCAACGUUUCCAGGGCAGCCAGAGGGAGGAGAAGGCCUUCCUCAUGCAGAAGUUCCAGGAGGCCCGGGACUUGGUGGUGAGGCUGAGCCUGGAGAAGCGUGAACUGCGCCAGCAGAGGGAGCAGGCCCUGAAGGAGGUGGAGUGCCUGAAGACAUGCCAGCAGAUGGCUGAGGACAAGGCCUCAGUGAAAGCCCAGGUGACAUCCUUGCUGGGGGAGCUGCAGGAGAGCCAGAGUCGCUUGGAGGCUGCCACUAAGGAGCGCCAGGCUUUGGAGAGCAGGGCCCGGGCGGCCAGCGAGCAGGCCCGGCAGCUGGAGAGCGAGCGGGAGGCCCUGCAGCAGCGGCACAGCGUGCAGGUGGACCAGCUGCGCCUGCAGAACCAGAACAUGGAGGCUGCCCUGCGCAUGGAGCGCCAGGCCGCCUCAGAGGAGAAGCGGAAGCUGGCCCAGCUACAGGUGGCCUAUCACCAGCUCUUCCAAGAGUAUGACAACCACAUCAAGAGCAGCAUGGUGAGCAGUGAGCGGAACCGAGGACUGCAGCUGGAAGAUCUCAAGCAGCAGCUCCAGCAGGCCGAGGAGGCCCUGGUAGCCAAACAGGAAGUGAUCGACAAGCUGAAGGAGGAGGCGGAACAGCACAAGAUCGUGAUGGAGACUGUCCCGGUGCUAAAAGCCCAGGCGGAUAUCUACAAGGCGGACUUCCAGGCUGAGAGGCAGGCCCGGGAGAAGCUGGCUGAGAAGAAGGAAUUCCUACAAGAACAGCUGGAGCAGCUGCAGAGGGAAUACAGCAGGCUGAAGACCAGCUGUCAGGAGUCAGCCAGGAUUGAAGACAUGAGGAAACGGCACGUUGAGGUCUCCCAGCCCCCCUUAGCCCCUGCCCCAGCUCAUCACUCCUUUCACCUGACCCUGCCCAGCCAGAGGAGAAGCCCCCCUGACGAGCCGCCCAACUUCUGCUGCCCCAAGUGUCAGUAUCAGGCUCCUGACAUGGACACCCUGCAGAUACACGUCAUGGAGUGCAUCGAGUAGGGCUGCAGGCCGCCAGGCAGCCCAGGACUGUGCUCUCUGCUGCUUUCCUCUCCUGUCUGCCUGGGCCUGAACUAGGGGCAGCUGACACAGAGUGGGCGCCCUCUCUGAGCCCCAAGACCUAGCAACAGGGCCCCAUGCUUCUACACCCUCGUCCACAGGUUCACUUCACUUAGGGCAACACGGAGCCCCAGUGUGGCUCACCACUGUGCCCUUUUGAUUCGUUCUGUCUGCCUGAGCUGCUUGGCUCUGGGGUUCACACUUUUUCCACCUUUGCUGGGAAGGUCACAAGCCACAGCUGGAGCUCCUGGACACCGGCUUCCCAGGCUGAGGUGGGCAGAGCCUUCCUCCCAGCCACCUGGCCCAGUGUCCGGGGCGCAGGUCUUGUAAGCUGGGUGCUGUUCCCUUGGCAGCUGCAGCACAUGGGACUGACACUGUCUGCUACUAAUGGACAUCGGGGUUAUCGCUGUGGUACAAAAUCCUUGUGCAUCUCUCAUACGUACCUUGGGUUGGAUCCUUCAAAGCAGCACCAUUGAGUAUCCAUGGGGCUAGACAGCGCUGGGGCCCCUACCCUGGUGUGCCUUCCUGCUCUCCCCACCGCUCUGCCAUGAAUGAUGGGUGUCCAAGAGUGAGCUCCUCUCAGUUAAGAGUGAGCUUGACUUAGCUCUUCAGAGCUUGAAGGGUCCUUUUCAGUUCUGGUAUAAAUUGCCUGCUUGGAUUUUUUUUACCUA